AGCUGCACUGUUGGCUGUUCCUGAUGCAAAAGAAUAUUUUACAGCCAUGCAGAUGAGGGAUAUUAGAGAGCUGACAAACACCUCGGACAAGAACAGAGAAAUUCUAACAAGAGUCAGAGCAAAAGGUGUCAAGGGGUACUUCGAUUUCAAAAAGUGUUUGAUAAAGUCCCGUCAAGAAUGCUUGGUAAAAUAUCUAGACACAACUGCAGCCAAACUAGAAGAAGAAAUAUUACCUGCUAAAGAAACUUCACCAACUGUUAAUAAUCGUGCAGGAUUUAAAUGUUCAGUUUGUGACCUUUCAUUUGGCACCGUGCAACAUUUGGUACAACAUACCCAGACGUCCGAACACCUGAAUAUGAUAAAAGAACAGCAAGAAUUUGCAAAAGAAAACCAAGAGGAAAACGGGGAUGAAGCCGGCGACUUUUCAAGUUUAGCUAGUAGUAUGCAUGAGCAGAACGCAAUUGAUAGCAACGACCAAGUCGGCCAAUGUUUCCUGUGUAAUGUCAGAUUCACAUCCCCGUCGCAUGCAAAUAGUCACUUGAGUGGUAAGAAACAUAAAAGGAGAAAAGCUCUGUUUGACUCGGAGUUUCAGCUCAUUCACGGUUCUGAUGAAAUUAAAAGUGUUCAGCUUUCUUCAGAAAAUGUUGGUGAGCCAAAUAGUCAGUUAUCUUUGUCACUAAACACUCUAGGAUCAAUUAAUCCAACAGUGUCAGUAGAUUCGAGUAAGACCUGUGAUAUCUGCAAUGUUUCAUUUACUAGCAAAUACAAUGCUCAACAACAUUACGAUAGCGAAAAACACAAAAAGAAAGCUCUUAUACUGCAAAAGCAGAAGCUGGGAGAAGCUCUUCCAAUGUCUUGUGACAUUUGUAACUGUAGUUUUAAUGGCCCGGAGAGUGCAGAAGCACAUUUUAAGAGCGAGAAACAUAGGAAGAUGAAAGACAAAAAGCAGAGACUUGGAGAAGCACUACCAACGUCUUGUAAUGCUUGUAACUGCAGUUUUAGUACCCCGGAGAGUGCUGAAGCCCAUUUCAAAGGCGGGAAACACAGGAAGGCGGCAAACAAGGCUAAAACAGAAGGUGGAGACGGCUUGCCUUUAUUUUGCACGAUCUGCUCAUGCCCUUUUUCUAGCGAAUUGAAUGCAAAACAGCAUUUUGAGAGCAAGAAGCAUAAACGGAAACAGGAACUUAAUGCAAAGACUGUUCCAGAAGAGCUUAUGUUGAAUCCACGUGAUAUAGCCAUGUACUUGAAGGCUCUUGAGGAAGGUAAAGAAAGAGAUAAAUGUGUCAGGAUUAUGGUUGUUGGUCACUAUGCACAGGGUAAAACAUCACUUACAAGAAGGCUUUUCGGACAAACCAUCGAACGAGUUGAAAGCACAAAUGGCAUUGAAGUACACAGCAAACAAUGUCAAAAGAUUGGAUCCCACUGGGAUGACAAACCAUCUGUAGAAGAUGAUAUGACGAAUCGACUUGUCAAAGUGGCACUUUUGACUGAGUCGCUGAAUGAAAAUGAGAAACACAUUGAUGAUAUUUCAGGUAAUUCUUUAGGAGCUAUGGGAAAACAAAUGGUAAACGAAAUAGAUGUGGCUGCUCUUGAGAUGUCCAGAGAGGCAUUGUAUAAAACAGAACCUAUGGCAGAAAGAUCUGUUGAGAAGAACAGUUCCGUUGAAUUGAUUUAUGACAAGGAUUCAGUUGCACAAUUCGCACAAAAAAUGAAUGCCAACAAAAAGAGAGAGUCAACAGCAGUUGAUGAAGACACUAUCAUUGAUAUAAACGUUUGGGACUUUGGUGGACAGUUUAUUUACUACGCUACGCAUCAAAUCUUUCAUUCAAGAAAUGCAAUAUACCUUCUAGUUUUCAAUCUGAAAGAACCUCUUGACAACAUAUUAAUAGACGAAGACUUUCCAAACAACCAGUUUACAAUGAAAAGUUCUCUUACGUACUGGAUGGAGUCAAUACAUUCAUUUGUAGGAUCACAAGAUGGCAAAGAACCUGUUGUCAUUUUAGUCGGAACGCACAAGGGAGACUGUACAGGAAAUGAAAACAAACAACUUGAAGCAGCGAUGGAAAUCUUAUGUACAACCAAAACAUUCAGUCAUGUAUAUCCAUCAUCGUUUGCAGUUGAGUGUAUGGAUCCUCACGAUGAGUCUUUGGAACAGUUGAGAAAUGUUAUAUAUAAAGUUGGCCUGGCGAAGACCCAGCAUAGAUUGAUUCCAGCUAAAUGGAUUCCACUGGAGAAGAAGCUGUUGGAAUUGAGAAACAAGAAAAUUAUACGGCUGGAAGAUGUACAGAAGCUGGAUUCUGAAAACAGUCAUCCUAUUCAAGAUGAAGAACACGUUAAGUUGUUUCUUAAAUACCAUGCUGAGACAGGAAGUUUGAUUUUCUUUGACGAGGAAAAGCUUCAGGACUUUGUCGUGCUCGAUCCACAGUUUCUUAUUGAUGCAUUUAAGUGCAUCAUUACUUCUAAACGUUUCUUCAGAUUGAAGCCAAAUCUACAUCAUCUUGGUAGAAAGCUCAUUACAAGUGGUGUUCUGGAAAUGGAUCUCUUGGAUGAAGUCUGGGGAAAUGAUGAAACAAAUCAGUUUUAUGCUUUCAAGGACGUUAUAAUAGCAUUUAUGCAAAGGCUUAGAAUAUUUGCAGAGAUAAAAGACAUAAAUUGCUCUACUGGAUCGGAGCAAAAUGGAAAUGUUUCGAGAUGCUUCCUUGUUCCAAGUCUCCUGAAAUGUAAAGCUGAAGAAGAAGUGAUGAAAGCAUUUCUUCCACCAUGUAAAAGAAAAUCAAACGUCUCGCUUGUUUUGGAACUAGAGAAUAGUUCAGUUCUUCCACUCAUAUAUCAGAGAGUAACAGCUGCUGUGUUAGCAAAAUGGCCACCAAUUUAUUUUCCCAGAAGAGAUCCACUGUUGUUUCAAGAUGUUGGCGCAUUUUUGUUGAACCAUCAGCAUGCGGGGUUGCUAACUCUAAGCAAAGUAAGCUUAGACUGCGAUGGCUUAGAGAUAACGGUCGUCAAUCUGUGCCCAACAAGUACUGUAGAUUCAAGGGUUUGUGAACAAUUUCGAAGAUACAUUGAAAUGGUUAUAUUGCUUGAAUUUGAAAAGUUUUCAAGCAGUUCAAAGGAUGACUUGUAUAGAUAUUAUUUGCGAUGCAACCAUUUUGAGCAUGGGUACAAAGGUAGUUUUUAUGUACAUGACUUAAAGCAAGUCAGGGGCGACAAAGAUGUACAUUGUCCCGAUCAUGGCAGUCAUGUGGUAAACGUGAAGGAAAGCAUUGGCCAAUGGUUCAAGAAAGAAACUACAUUGUCAGAUGAAAGUCUUCCAGAUCGAGAACUAACUGACAAAGAACUUAGCAAAAUAGCACAAGCAAUUGGGAAAAACUGGAACUUGCUUGGAAUAGAUCUUGGACUCGGGCAAGAUGAUAUUGACCGUUGCGAAAUAGACCACUGUUCAUCAGGGGUCAAAACAACAAUUUAUUUUAUUUUGAAAGAAUGGAAGAAAAGAUGUUCUGGAAAACAUUCAAUGAAAUACCUUAUUACACAGAUGAAAGAAUGUGAAGGACUUACUGUAAACUGGGACAAAAUAAACAACCUGACUGAUAACUUUUGAUAUGCUAUAUCCUGGAAAUACAAGAAUAUUUUUUCUUGCAGUAAUUCAUGUAUUAUUCCAAUUGAAAAUUUAUGCUUUCGGGUGAAAUACUGAGAUAUAAGUGAAAAAUAUAUUUAAUAAUUUCACAUUGAAAAAUAACAAAUAUAUUUUUCACAGUACUCCUGUUUGGACUGCUUUUAAUAAAUUCCCCGUUAAGGUGCCUCAAACACUGUCAAUCGUUACUUCCCUUUUACGCAUUUCGAGUGACCUCCCCUACAUUGUUUACAAAGUAUGCAUAUAUAUAUAUAUAACGUUUUGACGUCUGCUUUCUGCAAACUGUCAUCGUGGCCGAAUCGGAAAUAGUUCCAGAAGUUCUGAGACAAAUAAUGGAUAACCUCUUUGAUACAAAACCUUUUGGCGACUUCCAGGUAGCACAGGCUGGAGAAAGAAUGUUCAGAGAAGUAGAUCCUGAUGAAUGCCUCGUUGCUUAUGAAAACUAGAACACUCUUAAGAAAACUGUCUAUGACAUGAAGCUUGUCAAUGCCUUUUUGAUGUCAAGAAAUGAGGACAGGUUGAUUCAGUUUAUUCCACCCGAGGAGCUCAAGUAAUCAUUGCUGCAAUUUCAUUUUGGCAGUAACAAAAAGGACGGAUCGGAGUAUGAGCCUACGACACUUAGGGGGGUUUUUAGGGUCAGUAGAGAGACACUUCA